AUGAUAUUUUGUGUUUUGUAUGUUCUGAAAAAUCUUCUAGGUUCUUAUCCAAUUAUCACAUUAACAACCAUUUGGUUUCUCUACUGUUGCGGAUGGGGAUUUUCUGAUCAGAAUGUGCCAGUUUAUGCUAGUAUCAACAGAUAUUCAUAUCAAGCAUUGGGGUUUUUACCGAAACGAAUACAUAAAGUUUUUUUACAAAGCUCAGAGAGUCAGCAACCCGGUCUUAAGAAUCCUGACCUAACUAAAAAAUUUCCCUUUUACUCUACUUCAAGUGGAUCAAACAGUUAUAAUCUCCGUUUUUGUUGGAACUUGCCUAUAUGCAUGCAAUCAGUUUUAAGACAGCAGGGUGUUUGGUUGGCUCUGUCUAACUUGAUACUAAACUUGUACUGUGGUAUAAAAGAGUCAUUGAAAUUCAUAAAUAAUCAGAAGGUUGACGAUUAUAAGUUUUGGCCGGGGUGUUGGUUGGUACGAUUGCUUCACACUUUACAACAGGUGAACACGACAUCAUUUUACUGUAAAUACAAAGGUGUAGAGGAAACCGUGGGACCUAAAAACAAAUCUGAACAGUGUAUAAGAACCAAGUGA